GAAGUGAGUAAUCAAAAGAAGAAAUAUAUCUAUAAAAAAAAAAAAAAGAAAAAGAACAAAAAGUCAUGAUGAUAAAAAGGAUAGAGCUGUGUAUAGAGCUGACAAAGAUGGGAAUGGAGUUCGUCGCAGUGGUGGCUGAAGCCGUCCAGAUUGCAUGGCGGCAACACCUCAACCACCGUACUCCUCUGCCUUCUCUCCCUCUCCUCCGCCAUGGCAUCGCCCCUUCUUAUAAUGCUCCAUAUCUCUUUGGAUUUCUCCCUUGAAAACCUUCUAUUUUUCUUAUUGUGAUAUCAUUUUGCUUCUUACUAUUUUUCUUGUAGGCUUUUAGAUGUAAUUGUUGUUAAUUUUCUUUUGCUUCACAGUUGUUGUUUAUUUUUGUAACUAUGUAAAUUACAUUUUUCAAUAAGAUUUGCAGUUGAAUAUUUUUCUUCCUAAUCACCAUUUCUUUGGUUUCUCUCUAGCAAACAAUUUUCUUCAGUAUCA